GUGCUGGCCAAUACCUCGGGACCCGCCAACGCUUCGGACCCCGCCUGGGACUUCGCCUCAGCGCUCUUCUUCGCCAGCACACUAGUCACUACCGUGGAGUUGGCUUCUGUCAGGUCAUCCCCUGGCACUGGCAGAUGGACAAGUGAGGGGACAUAGAUAUGCCUCAGGCACAGCUGGCUGAGCAACUGCAAGCUGCACAGAACUCCCCACUUCUCAGCAUGACAGGGGCUCACCACACCCAGGCUUUAACUCAGUCAGUAAAAGACCCUUGUGAGGCAGCUACCGUUUAUUGUCUGUCUGUCUGUCAUCUGUGAAGCUAAGACCCAGAGAAGCUGGCCAGCUGUCACAUGGUCACACAGCUAGGAUGGUGUAGAACACUGUGACCCACAUUUUUAGUCCUAGCACCCCAGAGGUGGAAGUACUGGGAUUACUACAAGUCCAACGAAAGCUACAACUGAGAUCCUGCCUCGAAAAACAAAACCCAAAAACAUGAGUGAAGUCUGAUGAUAAAGAGGCGGUGAAGAUCUGUUUCCACGAUGCCAGCAGCUAAGGGAUCUUCGCGGCUGGGGAACUCGCAGGCUGAGUGCUUCCAACCAGGAGUUAUGGUGAACUAGUCUGUAUCGGGUGCAUCGGUCCUGAUGGAACGUGGGGGAAAAUCUGAUCCCUUCUGCCACUGGGGAUUGCUCCCCUAGUUUCAGAUCCGGAACAUGGGGUCUGUUUCCCCCGCCCCCCCCCCACCAACCUCGACCAUGUUCUGCUCUGAGAUUUUUGGUUCCACCAGACUGUGCAGAUCUUUUGAGGUCAGUUCUGAAACCCAGCCUGUACAGUGAGUAGGAACAGGGAAGUUCGUUUGAGGGCUCAUGCAUAUAGCUUGGCAUGCAAAAAAGAUAACGUGACCAGACCUGGUGGUACAGGCUUGUAGUCCCAGCUAUCAGAGGCUGAUGAAGGAGGAGCCCAAUGUUAAGGCCUGUCUGGGAGAUUUAGUGGGAUCCUGUCUCAAACUAGAAGUAAAAGAGGUGUGGGGUUCAGCUGUAGAGCAGCUGCCUAGGAUACAGCAGGGGAACCGCUUGACUCAGCCAGAAGUGAAGCUUCUUUGUAGGAGUCACCAGUAAGGGACAUGGUGGAGAAAGAGAGAGAGAGAGAGAGAGAGAGAGUCCUAAAAGAACUUAACACUUGACUAUAUCAAAAUAGUAUCACAGGACCAGUGAUGGAAGAUUACUAAAAUGAAACAUUAAGGCAGAGAAGAGUGUGGGGUGGCACAGGAAAGGGUGAGGAGCGGGUGAUAACGCUGGGCAUGGUGGCUGACACUAGCGGUCCCAGAGAGUCUGACGUGGGGGUGGAGAUGGGGUUAAGGCUGUUCUCGCAGAGGACACAGGUUCAGUGCUGAGCACCUUCAUGGCAGCUCACGACUGUGACGCCAGUUCCAGGGAGUUGGCCUCUCUUCUGACCUGCACAGACUCUUGCUCACCUGUGGUGUCCAUACCCACAUUCAGGCACAGACAUAUACACAUAAAAAUUAAGGUUUUUUUUCUUAAAAACUCUGAAGCAGUAGGAUUGCUAUGAGUUUAAGUUCGUCUGGAAUGAAACCCAGCCCCCAAGAGAUAAAUAAAUUGUUAAAUACAUGUUAGAAAAUGUCAUAAUAGGGGGCUGGAGAGAUGGCUCAGUGGUAAAGAGCACUGGCUGCUCUUGCAGAAGACCUGGGUUCAGUUCCCAGCACCCACAUGGCAGCUCACAACUGUCUGUAACUCCAGUUCCAGGGGGUCCAAGACCCUCAUACAGACAUAAAUACUAGCAAAACACCAACACAUAUAAAAUAAAAAUAAAGUUAUUUUUAAAAAUGUCAUAAUAAAAUCAUUAUUUUAUACAAUGAAUAUACACUAAUUGAAAGGUUACAAAGAGCCCAGAUGUGGUUGCAUGCCUAUAAUUCCAGCUCCUCAGGAGGAUGGAGGGGGAUCAUGGGUUUUAGUGCAUUGUGGGCACAACAGCCGUAUAAUAAACAACACACAAUAAAUAAAUCCAAUUAAAAAUACACAUAAUUUAAUUUCUACUAUUUUAGAUUCAUUAUUGUAUGCAUGUUUUAUUAUAUAUAAUAUAUUUUAUUAAUAUACUAUAUAUAUUGCCUACACAUAUAUAUGUGCAUCACGUGCAUGCCUGGUACCCAAGGAGGUCAGAAGAGGGUAGAUCCUGCCUGGCUGUAUGGCACAUGUCUUUAAUUCCAGCCCUCAGGAGGCAGACGUAGGCAGAUCUCUAUGAGUCUGAGGCCAGUGUCCCCUAGAUUUGGAGUUACAGAUGGCUGUGAAUGACUAUGUGGGUGCUGAGAAUCAAAAUCAGGUCCUUUGCUGGAGGAACAAGAACGUUUAAGCGCUAGUCACCUCUCCAGGUUCCCCAGAAUGAUGGUGAUAAUCAUAGGAGUAAUAGGAAUAGAAUUCUUCCUAAACGAGACUGAAGAAUGCUGUCUCUACCCACCUCCCUGAAGCCUGGCCUCCACACUGGUCCACACCCUGCACCAACAGGAUUCUUCUCUUUUAAGUCAGGGUCUCUCUAUGUAGCCCAUACUGGCCUCGACCUCAGCUUCCUGUGUCCUGAACUUACAGGUGUGGAGCACCAUGCCUGGCUUCCUGCUUUGGGACAUAUGAUAGAUGCCCACUUUGAGAUUACAGGCUAUGGCUACACGACCCCGCUAACAGAUGCAGGCAAAGCCUUCUCCAUCGUCUUUGCGCUCCUGGGCCUGCCUCUCACCAUGCUGCUCCUGACUGCCUCGGCCCAGCGCCUGUCACUGCUGCUCACCCACACACCCCUGUCCUGGCUGAGCUUGCGCUGGGGCUGGCACCCCCAGCGGGCAGCCCGCUGGCACCUGGUGGCCCUGCUGGUGGUCAUAGUGGCGGUCUUCUUCCUGGUGCCAGCUGCGGUUUUCGCCUACUUGGAGGAGGCCUGGAGCUUCCUGGAUGCCUUCUACUUCUGCUUCAUCUCUCUGUCCACCAUUGGCCUGGGGGACUAUGUGCCUGGGGAAGCCCCUGGCCAACCUUACCGGUCCCUCUACAAGGUGCUUGUCACAGCAUACCUUUUCCUGGGCCUGGUUGCCAUGGUGCUGGUGCUGCAGACUUUCCACCAUGUGUCUGACCUCCAUGGCCUCACCGAACUCAUCUUGCUGCCCAAUCCGGACCCUGCCAACCUCAGUCCGGAUGAGGAUGACCAGGUGAACAUUCUGGACACCCAGACAGAUCUGCACCAGCACCUCUCAGCUGGCUCCCAUGCUAACUACGCCUCCAUCCCCAGGUAGCUGGGUAGGUGCUCUCAACAUGGAUACACCUGGCCAGGGCUUUGGGCCCCAUGUGUCUAGAGCGGACCAACAAGAGUGCCCUCGCACGCUCUCCUGACUCUCAAGGCCCUCCGCUGGGAGCGGAGGAGUGGCUGCUCUGCUCCCAUGCCCUCAGCUGCUCAGGGAACCACCACGGCCGCUUUCGCUUCCUUCCUCUUCUCUCAUUUCUUCUCAUACUCGGACCCCUUGUGCCUUCUGACUUAGCUGGUGAGAGCGGUGCUUUAACUCGUCUCGUCGUUCUUUUCUUGUGUCUCGUUCCCUCCUGCUGCAUCAUUCACAGUUGCCGGUUCUUCCGGGCUCCCGGCCUGGGCUUCACUUCAGUCACUGCGUUAGCGGCUCUGUGUUGGCCAAGGGAUUUCCCCGUUCUGAACGCUGUCAUCCUCAGCUGUCUGAUGCAAAGAAUAUCAGACUGGUCCACAGCCCUCACUUUUGUCCUUCUGCUGGUCUGUGCCAGGCACACAGCAGCAGAAUAACAGAAGUGGCCUGGGCCCUGUUCUUUCUGUUGUUGUUUUGUUUUGUUUUUUGAGACAGUGUUUCUCUGUAGUUUUGGAGCCUGUCCUGGAACUAGCUCUUGUAGACCAGGCUGGUCUCGAAUUCACAGAGAUCCAUCUGUCUCUGCCUCCCUAGUGUUGGGAUUAAAGGCAUGGGCCACCACUGCCUGGCCUUGAGCCGUGUUCUUACGGAGCUCACCAACCAGUGAGGUAGACUCACCUAUUUGUCCCUUGCCCAGGCUCUGGAAGAGACAGAGUAGUUAGGACUGAGGAAAGGACCUGAAAUGUCCAGGUGGACUUCUUAGAAGAAGGGAUAAGAACUAACCCAAGACCUGGCAGUCAAGAGAAGAAAUUGUCCCUUCUUCUCAGGUGUCUACAGCUCAUAGUACUUGUGGAAAGAGCCCUGGGAUGGGCCAGCAUCUCCCUCAGUGGCUUGGCAGGCAAGGACUGAUCUAGGAUAUGAACCCAGAUCCAAGGAGCAUGGGAGGUGUCACUUAGCAUAGCCCCACGGUGAUGCUGUGUCUGUUUACUGGGCACUAACUGAUGUCCCUGCGUUCUGAGCCAGUCUUCCUGGGUGUACCCUGUAACUGGGCCCUGCCCUGCCCGUGCAUUUGAACAGGUACUUUACCUCUGGGUUCUGUGUCUGCUAAAUGCUGACCAUAAUAAUGCUAUUCCAAAAGACGACGCCAGCCAGGUGCAGUAGCACGUGCCUGUGAUCCGAGCUGAAGCAGGAAGCUUGAAAUUUCCAGGCCAGGCUGGGCUACACAGCUGGAAUGAGGUAUAAAAUAAUAAUAAUAAUAAUAAUUAAUAAUAAUAAUAAUAACAGUCAAUACGUAUAAGCAAAGGGUUAUAGUGCCAGGGUAAAGAUAUGAGAGAAGGCUGUAGAACACACACACUCAUGGCUGGGACUUAGUAUUUAUACAUUUAUAUCACUUAGGAAGGGGUUGACUGUAACAAACCCCUGGCUGGCACUGUCUGAGUUAACCUAAUUGUUACAUUGUACUUGGACAGACCACACAGAGUGCACAGAGCGCCCACCGGGUUGGGUGUGGGUGGGUGUGAGUCACAGCCAUGAUGCUCUCCACAGUUAUGAAGGGUCUGCUGGCCCUGGGUUCAGCCUCUCUCUUGUUUCUGUCCACUGAAGGCUUAGCUCCCAUGUGUGCUCUCCUGGUGUCCAAAUGCUGUCACAAACCCAGACAAGCUCUUCCUAGGGCAUGCCAUAGACACUUCAGCCAGCGUCCUGAACUUUAAGGAAGGCUAUCUCAUUAGCGAAUCAUGCUAGAAAGUGUUGUUGUCCGAGAGAAGCCCGGACCAUAAAUUAUCUCUCAGACUAGCGUGGAGGUGUGGGAUUUUUGAGGCACAACUCACGUGACUUUAUCGGGAGGGAGUUUUCAGGGAUCCCUCAUGAAAUCCCGAGUUCACAUCCUGAAAAUUCACCCAGGUUUAUCCUCCAUCCUGAAAAUUCACCCAGGUUUAUCCUCCAAACAGCUUUUAUACCAAAACAUAGACUUGGGGGGGGGAAUUCAUUAGCAUUCUGUUUCCUAGGUAGCAGGGAGAUUGACUGUGGUCACGGCCACACUUUUCUAUGCCCAUUUUGUCACGUUUUCCUAUCUUUGCCUGCUCUGACACAUAGUCUGAAUUAACACCUCUUUCCCAGGUGAUCUCCCAAAUUACAAAGAAAGAGCACAGUGACAUUGGCAGAUCCUGACCCUUUGUUUAGGAUGGUGUCAGUUUGUCCCCAAAGGCUAGGUGACCACCUCCUGUGUGGCCAGGUGUGAACUGUGGCCUGAAAUUCUGGCCGCCAUACAUAGUAGAAAUAUGGGCCUGUAUAAUACAGCCCUACAAUCCACUCUCUCUUAUUAAUUUUAAUAAAGCCCGUGCUUCUGUAACAGAACAGAUGAUCAAGUCUGCAUUAGGUAAAGACUUCUCCAUAUGCCCAAAUUUACCCAUCCUUGGAACAGGCAUUCCAUUCAUGCAAGCUCCUGUCUUAGGCACCAGGGGAGAAGAAGCUUCAAACCCGUCUUUGACUGCCGACCUCUGUGAACAAAAGAGAACAGGGGAGAGAGAUACCUUUGGGCUCUGUGUCUCGGAGCCAUACUUUCUAGUCAGGAGAGAUGAUAAUGUUUUAUGAACAUUCAUGCUCCUAAAGGCUACAGUCUCCUAGUUAUAGGAGAGUAGGGUCACCUGAGUUGAAAAUGUUCCUUCAGCUGGUCUAGAGCACC